AUGGCGGCGGUGGCUCUGGUUCUGUGUGUGUAUCUUCUCUCAGUAGCCAGUCAAGGAGUGGUAGGAGACAAGGUGUACACUGUGGUGGCAAACCAGUCGGCCAGUAGCUGUCUCAGUGAGAACAAGACAGAGUGCAGUCUCAUGUACUAUGCUGCUCACCCAGACCAGUAUUUCAGAGAAGACAACACCACCUUCCACUUCCUGCCUGGACAGCAUGAACUGGUGGACUCAACUCUUGUUCUGAUGGCCAACAUAUCAAACCUCGCUCUCUAUGGAACUGAUGUACAUGAAGUUACAGUUGUGUGCAGUGGAGAAGAUUCAGGAGGAUUCUCAUUUUACAACAUUACCAACCUCACCAUCCGGGAACUGAGCGUUUCGAACUGUUCUAAGCAAUCCUCAUAUUACCAUGCCUUGGUAGCAGUGGAUAUGAAUCAAAUUGUAAACAUUGAAAUGGACUAUGUCAAUAUUCGGAAUACGGCCGGUGUUGGUCUCUCACUGAGUGAUAUUUAUGGCAACAGUUCUAUUAAUAACAUCAAGGUUGAUUUCAGCCACAGUGCGCACAGAUCCAUUGGCGGAAACUUCUUCCUUUAUUAUUCACGUUACUUUAGGAAUGAUACGGUGAUGAUGAACAAUAUAAAGGUUUCAAACUCAUUCUUUAGAAACGGGACAAAUAUCGUCUAUAGUAACUCACCAAGUACCGGAAUUGCCAUCGAAAUAAACUGUUUUGCCAAUGUUAGCAUUGUCUUUGACAAUGUCGUCGUCUCUGGGAAUCAAGCCGGAAGUGGGGGAAACAUUUUGAUAAAUUUCGGAAGCUGGUCUGGUCUGUGGAGUGUCUCAGUCUCCAUUCUCAACAGUCACAUACUCAACGGUACUGCCAACUCUGGUGCUGGUAUAUGUAUAUUUGCAACAGCUGGCGAUAAAGGCAGUCCUGGCCCCUUGGAAAGUACCACCACCUUAUUGAAUAUUGGGAAUACACGUUUUGAAAACAACACUGCACACUAUGACGGUGGUGCAGUGUAUAUGAGGCUACACGAGAACACCCAAAGAAACCUGGGGAGAAUAGCAUUUGACAACUGUACUUUCAAAGAUAACAAGAUAGUUCAUAACACCUCACACGGCGGAGUGGCUGUACACAUUGUUACGUAUACGUUACCGAGAUAUGUCCAACACAGCAUGAUAUACUUUGAGCUGGAGUUCAGUGACUGUAAGUUCUUGGAAAACUCUGCGUUGCACAACAGUAGCUCAAGUCAGCCGCGAACUGGAGCUCUUUACGCUGAAAACACCUACAGCGUCACUCUUCUGAACUGCCAAUUUAUUGACAACGACUGUUCCGGUAUUGUCGGUAUCGCGAGCAACUUUCUAAUGCACGGUGAGAAUGAGAUUAGGGGCAACACAGCAAUAAAAGGCGGUGGAAUAUUUUUCUGUUCCGGGUCUGUGAUGCACCUAUACAACGGUACACAGUUGAAUAUCUCUGAAAACAAUGCUACACUGAGUGGAGGUGGGAUUUAUGUGGAUGCAGAAUGUUCUCCAGCUGUGGAGUUUUGCUUCUUUCAGGUGGACAAUAUAACGGCUGACAAUGCUACCCUCCAGCAAACACAAGUCUAUCUCGUUAAUAACACUGCUGAUUCUGGGAGUGCCCUUUAUGGAGGCCUGAUAGACUGGUGUAUCCUAUACGACAAACGUGGUCAAGACUAUAAUAAGUCGUACCCUUCAAUAAUUUUUAACAAUACGUUCAGCAUAACACAUGGAAAAAACGACCUAUCUGUUGUAUCAUCUGACCCCAUGUAUGUUGGGUUCUGCAAUGUGACACAAUUUGAGCAACGAAACUGUCCACUUAACACAACUGUGGUAGUUAAACCAGGGAAGACAUUUGCCGUCUCUGCUGUCAUAAUGGGUCAACACCACGGCCUUGUUGCAGGUGUGGUCGUCGCACAAUGCAUUGAUGAAGACUGCUCAAUUUCAAAUAAUGAAUACAGUCAGUACAUUAACACGUCAAGUAUUUUAAGUGGGAGAUAUUUGACCUACACUGUGUUCUCCAGAGAGAAAAGAAAUGUAUCGUUAAAGUUGGUAGCAGAGGAUUACUUCUCUGGAUUUCCAUCCUACCAGUACCAACCUUCGUUCGUUAACACCUUCAUCGAAAACUGUCCUCUUGGAUUUAUUGAGCAUGACAAAAUGUGUUCGUGCUUAAAAGGUAUUCCAUGUAAUAUCACAAACCAGACGGUUUUUCGAUCAAGUCCUCAUUGGAUUGGAUACCGAAAAGAGUGUGGUAUCGCAAAUUCUAAAGACAUAAUUUUACAUUCGUCCUGUCCACUGGGAUAUUGCUUCGAUAAAAGUGUGUAUAUUCAUGCAACUGUCGACCACUUUUACCAAGACGUGCAAUGUGCUAAACACAGAACUGGUCUCCUCUGUGGGAAGUGCAAACAGAACUACAGUUUGGGGUUUGGGUCUUCUCAGUGUCUGGCUGGUUGCAGUACACCUCACAGUGUCAAGUCAUAUGAUGAAACAACCUACACCUCAGUGUGGCUGCUUGAUGCCAAUGUCCACUAUCUUCAUGGGAAACAUACUAUACUGUUUGUGGUGGCAUGUUUGGCUGGGGUUGUGGCUCUCCUCUAUGCCCUCAUCCUUACCUUCAUUCAGUGCCUGAGAAGAGCUCCCAACAGCAGAAUGUGUGGGUGGAUCCAGAGACUCAAACCUCUACUGGAUGCCUACACUGGUCCUUACAAGAAUAAGUACCACUUCUGGACUGGGUUCCUGCUGCUUGUGAGAAUCUUUCUUUUUACUGCUUUUGCACUAAAUUUUGAUAACAACCCUAUACUGAACUUCACUUUGAUCAUAACUGUUUCAACCCUGCUGAUAUCUGGAAUCCAAAACGGCAUCUAUUACAACAGGUUCAUUGGUUUGCUGGAGACUUCGGUCUAUGCCAACCUAAUCCUCUUUUCGGCAUUCUCAAUGCUGUCAAUGAAGUCAAGUGAUGGUCACAAAACUGUUGUCGUGUGUGUGUUUGGUGGAUGGGCUUUCCUGACACUAGUGGGCAUCAUCCUCUAUCAUGGCUACAAGAACUGGCUUAAAGACUCUCUUGUAUUGGGCCACUUGCAAGUGUGGUUCUAUGCAAGGUUGAGGGGCAGUGGUGAUCCUAACAGAGCAGUCGUACAACCACUGAUCAUCGGGAGAGAUGGAAAUGAUGUUUCACAAGAAAGUGAUAGUGAGUUCGAGUCUGGAGAGGAACUUAGUGACCAAGUCACUCCACAGCUUCGGGAGUCCCUCAUUGGGAGCCUUAACAGCUAA